ACAAAAUAAUAAACAGCAAAAUGUCCUAUCCACCACGCCCACCAAUGGCUCCCUACAUGAAUCCAUCCAUACCCCCGCCACAUAUGAUGGGUCAUCCGCCGCCACCUUCACGAGGUUAUAGGAAUUCAGCCACUAUUAGUUCACAGCCAACAGUUUAUCAAAGACCUCUGGAGCCAGGACCAGUUAUAACGGUGUUUGUUGGCAAUAUCAGUGAACGCGUUCCCGAAGUUCUAAUAAAACGCAUACUGGCAACAUGUGGACCUGUGGUCAAUUGGAAGCGGGUAUCGACAUUUGGCUUCUGUGAAUAUGACGGACCCACGGCGGGUAUGCGGGCCGUGCGACUGCUUAGCGAAAUUGAAGUGGACGGCAGGAAACUGGUGGCCAAAGUGGAUGGCAAAAAUAAACUCUUGUUGGAUAACUUCAAAGAAGAAGAACGAAAAAACGGAGCCAUUGAGGAGAAAAAUGAGAAACUAAAUGACGAAGAUGCCCUGCGUUUAAUGCGUCAGAUAAUUGAGGAACACCGACAGGAAAUCGAAGAAUGUGACCCUAACGCCAGGAACGACAUGUUCACUGGACGCAGUGGAAAAAUAAAACCUGGACGUGUUGAUGAAGUGAAAGUUCCGAAAGCUCUUAAUGAGACAAAUCUGGAAGAGGACAAGCGAAAUCUUAUUAGCAGUGAAAUUGGUAAAUUCCGUAAAAGGGCAGAAGCUGAUGAGCAUCGCAAGGAGAAAGAAAAAGAAAGGGAAAAGGAGAAAGAGAAGGAAAAGGAAAAAGAGCGUGACAAGGAGAGAGAAAGGGAACGAGAGCGAGAACGCGAACGUGAACGAGAUCGUGAUCGCGAGAGAGAUCGUGAACAAAAGGACAAGGAAAAACGCAAAGCCAAUAGCGACAGCGAACAGGAUUGGGAUGCUGACGAACAUGAGAAUGGUACUGUAAAAUGUGCUAUAUCCUCGCCUGUACGCAUUAAGGAAGAGCCAGAACUUGUUAAGGAACCUCGUCGUAAAAGAAGCCCUUCCCGAACUAAAGAACGUGAACGCGAUUAUAGGGAACGUGAACGAGAGCGUGAACGUGAAAGGGAGAGGGAAAGAGAACAGAGGGAAAAGGAGCGAGAGCGUGAACGCGAACGAGAAAGGGAACGUGAACGGGAAAGAGGAGAGCGAGAACGUGAAAGAGAAAGAGAGCGGGAACGCGAGCGGGAGCGUGAUAGGGAAAGAGAAAGGGAACGGAAUGAAAAAAUUACAAAAAAUGUUCGAGAUGUGCAGCGUGAAAAGGAAAUGGAAGAAGAGAUCCGAGAACGCAAAAAAGCUGAGAAGAAAGCCCGUGAGAAGGAGGAAGCCUAUCAAGAGCGGCUAUUGAAUUGGGAGCAACGAGAAAAACGCAAAGCUAAGGAAUACGAAAAGGUUCGUCUAAAAGAAAAGGUCAAGCAAGAAGAGCGCGAAAAGGAAGCAAAGCGCCUUAAAGAGUUCCUAGAAGACUAUGACGAUGAACGAGACGACGUUAAGUACUACAAAGGCAGAGAACUACAACGCCGUCUGGCCGAACGAGUGCGAGAGGCUGAUCUUGACGCUAAAGACCGCAAUAAGGAACAAGAGGAGUUGGAUGAGUUGAAAAACAAGAUUUUCAGUGGAGAAUUUGAUAAUCCAACGCAAGAGUAUGAAAGGGCGAAAAAGGAACACGAACGCCUCUAUAAACCACAAAUCAUUAUAGAUGUCAAUCAGGAAAACAUGCAAAGGAAGGAAAAGGAGCAGGAAAGGGAUCGCGAGAAGAACAACAGUACUUCGGACAAGCGAGAUGUGUAUAACCGAAAUGAUGAUGGAAGUGGACAUGUAGGGGCAUCGGCGGUACCAACCACUGGUAUUGUCAGUAGGCCGUCAAGACCUGUAUCGAAAGCCAGAUCAAUUGAUUCCAUAUCCCACGAUGAUGCUUCUGGACAUGACACCAUGUCAAAUGCCAGCAGUCGUUAUAGUCGGCAUGAUUCCGAGUCUCGAGACUACACAAAUGCCGAUGAUAUCGAAUCAAUGUCACCCGCCACACCACAAGGCUUUGCACAAACCAACGAUUCCGUGUCAACACCUCCGAUUAUGCCGACAGUUGGCAUCAGUCUAAAUUUGGGAGCCAACGCGAAAAAGAAGAAAAUCGAAAGCACUGCUGGAGUUUUUAGCGCUGAUGACGACAAUGACGAUGUCUCCAACUCAAAGAAACGAAAAUUGGUACCUCUAGAUUAUGACGACAAUCAGGCUAAACUGCAGAAUUCGCAUGGUUUGGUGGCAACGAACACAGGCGAUAGGCACGAUAAUGCCCCUGGUCCAGCCUCGGUUUCUGCCGAAAAGGGAGGAGGAAGUUCAGCUGCAAAUAAAAAACACGGUAAGAAUGAUACAAAUGCUGUUCCUGCAGCAGCAAGUAGCAAAAAGGAUGAAAGUAGUGGUACAAAGGUACACGAUGAAAAACGACGCCACAUAAAAAGCAUUAUUGACAGGAUACCCACGCAGAAGGAGGAUUUGUUUAACUACAAACUCGAUCGCAACGAGAUCGACAACAAUCUUAUGGAGCGCAAAAUACGUCCUUGGAUAAAUAAGAAGAUCAUUGAAUAUAUUGGAGAACCCGAGCCAACAUUGGUUGAUUUUAUUUGCUCCAAAGUUUUAGCUGGCAGUUCACCUCAAAGUAUUCUAGAUGAUGUACAAAUGGUACUUGACGAAGAAGCCGAGGUGUUUGUUGUCAAAAUGUGGAGACUUCUCAUCUACGAAGUGGAUGCUAAAAAGAUCGGUUUAGGUAAAUAAUUUCUUAUUUUUAAAACAUUCUU